CAGUUACAUCAGCAGGUGCAGGACAAAAGCCUACAGCAUCAUGAAGGACUCCACCCAUCGAGUACAUGAACUUUUUACAGCUCUCCCAGGCAGAAGAUUGCGCCACCUACAGGCCACGACAGCUUUUACCCUGAUGACAUUAGGCAGAUCGAAUGCACCUUACAAAAUAGCCCUGACUUGGAACGCACUCUAGAAAAAUGGGGGCGAGAGCGGCUGUUUUUAAAGACUUUAUUUGACAUACAGUAUUUUAAAUCAGGGGUGUCUAAACUUUUUUCAUUAAAGGUUGUAUGGAGGAUUUUUUUUUUAGUUUCAAAUUGUCAAUGAAAGUUCAAAAUACCAUUACAGAGACGCCUUGUAAUUAUGAUGACCAAAAAAAAAAAAAAAAAAAGAAAAUUUAUCAACUGUGGACGUGUUGAGGCCAGAUAAACACCAGCCAAUAGAAAACGAGGCUCCCUCAUUUUCUAUUGGCUGUUAGGUUGUCAAUCAAACUCCCUACGUUUCUAGUGUAACUGACUCGCCAGCGUCCCGUGAUUAUGUGGUUUAUGCAGCAGUUCUUAGAGGCUUUUUCAAACUGUCACUUCCUCACAAUUUGCACAGUUUAUCGCGAUGGCGGACGAGAACCCACGACCAGUUCGCCGCAAAAGAAAGUCAGUUUAUGAGGUCGCCGAAAGAAGAAGGGAAGUGGAAAAGGAGUGAAGACAAACUGAGGUGCCGACCAAGAAGGCCAAGCUGAGGGAGAGCAGGCUGCAGAUGAUGAGCAUCGAAGAAGAGGAGGAGGAGGACCCUCUGGACAAGUAUCUGAAGGAGAACCAGCGCCUCCAGCAGGCCAGUCUGCGUCUGGAGCAGGAGAACGAUAACCUGGCCCACAGGCUCAUUUCCAGUAAGGUGGCCCUGAGGAGCGCUCUGGACCAGGCAGAAGAUCAAGUCGACACGCUCUCCAAAGAACUCAUCUUCACUCAGCACAAACUUCAGACCACACAGGAGCAGAUGGGGAGCAAAGAGGAGGAAGCAGCCAUGUUAAAAGAAGUGUUCAGGAGAGAGCUGGAGAAAGCCGACCAGAGCAUCGAGAGGUCUUCGGGGAUCAUAGCGGACUACAAACAGAUCUGCUCCCAGCUGACCGAGCGUCUGGAGAGGCAGCAGGCCGCACACAGGCACGAGAUCGACUCAAUAAAGAACGCAGUGAAGUCGUGCAGCAGUUGCUCACAUGUGCUGGACACACUGGAGACCCCUGGUGGACACGAGGAGGGCGACAUGUCCAGCCCCACUACAGGGACGCGUCCUCAGGCUCCAGGGGACAGCAGCAGAGACGGCACAGAGAAGGAGUCGUUCAGGAACCAGAUCAGAGAACUGGAGCAGGAGCUGGCCCGCACCAAGCUGCAGAUGGUGGAGGCCAAGUGUAAGAUACAGGAACUGGAGCACGAAACCAGCGUUCUCAACACGAGCCUGCAGGAAGCCCGCAACAACUGGCUGAGUAAAGCCUUCACGUCCCUGCGCCCCCCCUCCUCCUCCUCCAUCCUGCCCCUGCACCUCCACACGGGGGCGCUGCACACGGGGGACAGCGCCGAGCCCAAAGAGGCACAGCACCUCUUCAGCAGGGCCGGACUGAAGGCGCCCGUGUGGAACAUGAAGAAGAUCACGUGGCCCCAUCAAAGAGAGCUCCAGCACAACCAGUGACCCCUUGACCCCGUGACCUCCGGCUGGUCCUGGGGUCGCGCAGGCCCGGGCAGAUGUGUGUAAAUAUGAGUCAGAGUAUCGGCAAGUCAUGGGAAAAUGAACAGUGGAAUGAACAGUGCUAUAUAUGGAGAUACGGUAGUGUCUUUAUUACGAAACAAAUAUCACACCACAAAUACAUUUCUUGGUCCAGAAUCAAAUAUAAAGACACAUAUCUCAAUACACUUUUGAUUUGAUACGAUAUAUUUCAAAUUGAUUCAGUAUGAUUCAUAAAAAUAACAGCUAAAUCAUGGCUGUGAUACUAAAAGUCUUUGUUAAACCACUUCUUGUGCAAAGUUCAUAUGAAACACAAACAUUUUACUCAUCAAAAAAAUCUGUGAAAAUCUCAAAUGUGCUGCAUAAACAAGUUUACUUCCUCUAAACAAACAACAAAACUGUAGUGCUAUAACAAAAUAACACAGUAAAAUACACCAAAAAAUACUCUUGGUGAUAUAUCGAUACAGCAGUGACUCAUAUCGAUAAUGCAUCAUCACAUUAAACAAUACUAUUAAUAUUUUGAUAUUUUUGCACACCCCUAAUAACAGCAUUCACAAAUAUAAUGUAUGACUUACCGAAAGGAAGGCCGCGAUGGAGGGACUAUGUCUCUGGGCUGGCCUGGGAACACCUUGGGGUCCCCCUGGAGGAGCUGGCGGAAGUGUCUGGGGUGAAGGAAGUCUGGGAGUCCCUGCUUAGACUGCUGCUCCCACAAUCCAGGCCCCGGAUAAACAGAAGAAAAUGUAUGGAUGAAUGGACUUACAAACAGGACACAGUGUUUGAAAGUCUUUAGUAAUACAUUAUGACUUGGUUAUUGUCAUUCUGGUAACAACAAACUUAUAACAGGGGCUGUAGUCUUAAAUUGAUAAACAAAAUCGGUAACUCCUUUGAACAGCCAUGGAUGUAUAAAACUAUGAAGCAGUUAAACCCAGCUAGACCUGGACUUAGAUGAACUUUAUUGAUCCAUAAGGGAAAUGAUUUAAUUAAAUUGGUUAAUGGUCAAUGCAAAGUCAAAAUGACAGGACCUGAAAGAUAAUUUUCCCUUUUAAAUUCAGUCACGAAUAAAGGACUUUAAACAUGUUAAAUUACAAGGAGAUAAACAACCUUCCUCUGCCUUUCUCGCCACUCAACCUGAAAAUUAUCUGGAACCUAUGAAGCAAUUUACUACUACUACUACUACUCUGCACAGUAGUAGCGCAAUGUGCUAGAACUUCAGCAGACGUGAUUGACUGUUAAAAAAAACCCAAAAAAAAACAACAAACUCAAAUCGAACGCUGUCAGGAAGGUCUCAAAAACCCACAAACAGGGUACAGUGGUUUGUAAAUGCAGGUUAAACAUUUGCAAAUAAAUGUAACUGCACUGACAUUUGUGGAUCGCGUAACAUUUUCUUUUGAGUCGAGAAAUACUUUUUGUGAAUGUUGUUCCAUUUACUUAAACUUUGACUUACUCAGACAAACUUUAUUGAUCCACAAGGGAAAUUAUUUGGACACAGCAGCUCUCACAUCACAAUAAUCAUAUAAUAUAACAACAAAGAGUAAAAAUGUAAAUGGUACAACAAAGAUAUGAUGAUUAACAGAACGUUAUCUGUUACAUAAGGGUGUUGUACAGUUGUAGGGAGUAUUAUCUGUUACAUGUACAGUUAAUUAGUUAUUUGUAAGUCAUGAACUAUAUUUGUGAAUGUUGUUAUAUUUGUUUUUGGACCAAGAAAAGAGGCAUGAUAUUUAUUUGAUUGUAAAGACUCUAAACCAUAGUUCUAGGAUCAACUGAAUGAACAACAUGAUGUAAGGCAAGCUAUGUAAAUAAGUGUGUGUUAAUGAUACUUCGUAAUGUUUGGAGGUUCCAUUGUACUUUAAAGUUAUGCGGGUUGUUACAAAAUUAAACACAUUUUGUAGUU